AUGAAGCUCUGUCGCAUGUUAUCUUCUUACAUGAAGUUGCGACUUAGCGCCUGCCCUGACCUUUACCGCCCCAAGAAAAAAAAGUUCUCGACAACUAAAAAUCCAACGGAUAUCAAAUCUCAUUACAACUCCAAAGUGGCACCGAUUGUGCCACUUCUAUGUGCCAUGGCCGUUGAUGCAAUGGACAUUGACUCAAAACCGGUUCCGGCCGCCAUACUGUCCCCCGAAAAAGAGCGCAAACGCAAGCACAAGAACAAGGACGCAUCAUCGUCAUCGCCGUCAAAGAAGAAGCGCAAACAUGAAUCGAAUCAAUUCACCGACGAAACCGCCGCUCACGACAGCGAGAAGAAGAGAAAGAGCAAAAAGUCCAAGGACAAUGGAAAGAGCAAACAGGCCAGCACAGGAGAAGCAACAAUUCCGGGCUCACCUUACGUGCUGACCACUGCAACGCUCUAUCUUCCUCUAUCGCCCAUAUCUAUUUCCCCAACUCAUGCUAAAGCCUCCCUUCUAGCGGAGCAUCUUUCUCCCCUUCUUCUCACGUAUUAUCCUCCUCUUCGAGGAAUUGUUCUAGCCUACUCCGAUGCCUCAAUAUCGAGCACUCCGCCUUCCUCGUCUAGCUCCUCGGAUCCCGCAGAUCCCAACCCCAAACCUUUGACUGUCGCAAAGACCGCAGGCGAAUACGGAGUUCUGUACGUGUACCUGACUGCGACGUUCCUAGUGUUCCGACCUCAACGAGGCCAAAUACUCGAAGGAUGGGUGAAUGUUCAGUCCGAAGGCUUCCUGGGCGCUGUUGCGCUGAACCUCUUCUCCGUCGGUAUCGAACGCAAGAGACUCCCAUCGAACUGGAAGUGGCUUCCACCAGGUGAAGAAGGCAGCGUCAACGGAGACAAGAAAACCGCAGCAUCAACCACCGCCUCUGAAGAUGACGACCUCGAGCCUUCUGCUUCCUUCAAUCCGGAAAAAGAGCACUUCAAUCCUGUCUCGUUGGCAAACCCCAUCUCCGACACACUCAAUGAAGAAGCCAAUGCCGAGGAUGACGAAUCUCCUGCAGAAGGCUACUUCCAGUCUGUAUCUGGUCACCGUGUGCGCGGCACUGUCCGUUUCCGCGUCGUGGAUAUCGACGUUAUUCCCGGUUCAGAGCGCGAUCGCAGUUUCUUAAGCAUCGAGGGUACGAUGCUUUCUCCGGAGGACGAAGUCAGGGUACUCGAAGAUGAACGCAAUGGCAUUCUGACCUCGUCUGCCACCCCGCGGAGAGGCCACAGCCAAGAACCCCGAGCUUCUAUGUCCGGCGCAUUAGCAGCGCCAGUGCCAGCGGCUGUCGCAGAACCAGAAACACUCAUCAAGGCCAAGGAGCCGAAGGGCGAGAAGGAGAAGUCCAAAUCUUCCAAAUUUUCCAAAUCCAAGAAAAAGGAGAAGAAGAAAUGA